GCACUCCAUAAAAUGUAUUUUUAAAAUGUAUAUACCGACAUGCUCAUAAAUGACAAUCACAGAGAACAUGUUUUAUAUAUAUAUAUAUAUAUUAAUGUUCUAUUUUCACUUGUGACCUCCAUUGUAAAUAUGCAGUAUUUUAGAAGCAUAAUAUGUGUGGGUUUUAGGAAACAUGUAAUGCAGGUUGUUUCAAACACAUAAAUUUAUUAGUUUUUUUGGGUAUUUGUCAUUUGAUCCAAUUUGGCACAUGACUUUGGCAGAUAGACGCAUUUGCCUGUGCAAGAAAAUUGCUGUGGUCCUUUGGGGCCGUAUUUGAGCACAUGCACAGCUGCAUUAGUAAAACUUGUGAAUAGCUGUUAAGUGCGGUUAAGAGGUUUGAAGCUCAUUUAUUUAGACAUUAACCGGCAGUAUUAGGGUGUAUAAAGGUGUCACAGAGAAGUACAUUAAGAUUUUCUUUUGCACUGCAAUAACGAUGUGAAAAGUGAUUUCCUGCCAAUUUUUCAAAAGUAAUGCAAGCUUGCUUACUUCCGUGCUACUGCACUUCUGAGGCUUUCCUUUCAAACAGUGCAUGGCGGGAGCUGCUGGUCGUGUGGGCAAAGAAGCCACAGGUUAUUACAGUCUGUGAAACAUGUUGCAUGUUGCUGAAAACCCACACUCUCAGACAAAAAGGUACAAAGCUGUCCAGGGCGGUACUCUGAGGUACAAAAGCUAAAAGUCAUGGGGUCAGAUGAGAGUAAUGUACACAAUACCUCAACUGUCAUCGCCCUCCUCUUCAUAUGGAUCGUACUUGCUCUGGCUCUUUUUUACUUUUAUAAAAAACUUAACGCGGACACAAAUGGACAGUACACCGUCCAGCGCAUGUUCUUCGCCCCUGGCGGCCUACGGGAUCGAUUGAGACAAGGAGUCGGGGUUGUGGAAAACAGACUCGGUGUCCGCAUUUGGCCUCAACAGCGUGAUGACGAGGAGAACAUAGGAAGUCAUGACGAAGAGGAUGAGGAGGGUGAAGGCCAGGACAAACAGAAUGACAGUUACACAGAGGAGGGAGAGCAACAGGAACAUGAUGACGACGGGGAUGAUUCUUCAGAUGACUAUUCCAGCGUCGACCUGAGGGAGAGGGCAAAGAUGCAGAUGGAAAAGAAAGAAGAGAAGGAUGAAGCUGAGGAAGAGAAGGAGGAAAGGAAGGAGAAGGCAGCAGCAGCGAGAGAGGAGGAUAAAAGUGAAGGAGUGAAGAAUCCGGAGAAAGUGGAAUUGCUUGUAGAUCUGAAGCCGUUUACCAGUAGUGCAAUUUGGUCUGAGGAGAACAAAGAUGGAAAUGACUUGACUGCUUUGUGAAAAGCACAGAGACAUUGCUUUUGAAUUUAAUAGGCGGGAAAUAAGGUGGCUUGGCCCAGUGAGCGGCACAAAACAUUUUUAUGACUAUGAGUCAGUUCAACCCUGUAAAAGCCUGACAUAUGUUUUUUUUUUUUUUUAUGUAAAAGUUUUUUGGACCUUUAGACAAGCUAUUUGAAACAAUUUAAAAAAAAAAAGCUUUCAUCUGUGUUUUUGUUGAGUAUCACGUUUGAUACAUCAAACUUUUAUGGCUGAUAAAAAGUAUAGCAGAAAGUUUGGAAAAAGUAUAGCGUGUAAUGUAAAUCAAUGAGAUGUUUAUAAUAGUAUAUAAGACUACUUGCAUAAAAUGCAUAUAAAUGUGAGUUGUCACUCAUAGUAAGAUGGUAUUUAAAUGCUUGUUUGUUUAUGAUCCAGCCUCUGUAGUUUUGUAUUUUGGGGGGUAAUGCAUGUAAUGCAAUAUAAAGAUGAGAUAUGAGAUAUGUACAAAUAAACAUUCCUCGAAGGAUUGUUAUAUCAUAUUAGAUAUUCACAUUUUAACAUGAUUUUUCUAAAAAAAUGAUGUAUGGAAAAUCAAGUAAACAUAAGUUGAUUUAGUCCAGUAAGUGUUCAUCUUGAAAUAGCCUGUUACUAUUCUUACAUUUACUUUAUAAAAAUCAGUAAAAGAAAAUUCACAGUAAAAAGACACAUGUAUCAACCUGACAAUAAAGGACUUUUAUUUUCUAAAGAAACUAAUUAUCAAUCAGAAGGCAUAUAGUAGAAUGUGUGCAACAGGUUCUUAAGCUUAAUUUUGAUCAUGUUGAUAAUUUAGAGGAAAUUUGCAUAUCAAAUAUGAAACAGCAGGCUUUAUAGGGUUAAAAGCCAGUAAAACGGUUCCACACCAUUUUCUGUAAGUUGUUAGUUUUAUCCACUUCCUGUAGUUUUCAGAUGCUGACUGUGUGAAAAUACAUUGUGAAACUUGUUAACAUUUGUGUGAGAUGUAAAUAUUUUUCCAUUAAAAAAUAUUUUCAUGUCAAGACAGUGACUGUCAAAAUUGUUUAAUGUUUUAAUAUGACCACCCUGUAACCACUGAUGUGUGAAUCUCACAAAACCCGUCAAGAACAUGUGUAGAGCAUAUCAAAUCAUGAGAAAUAAUAUUUGAUAUCAAGAAAAUUAAGUCAUUAAAAUGUCCAUUGCGAUGAAUGUGACCUAGACGUAACAUUUGCCCUUAUACAGCAUUAGGGCAUCCAACCACCAACCAUUUUGAGGCAACAAACCAUGAACCACAUCUCUUAUCGUUGCUGGUCAUUUUAAACAGGGGUUCGCGGUUUAUGUCAAGAUUACGAUGAUAAUAAAGAAUGCAUAUUUGCUAACUGUGUAAAAUAAGACAAUGGCGGGUUUUAAAGUCAUAAAUUGAGAUGAUACUUGAACUAUGCCAUUUAACUAAAUAAAGUAC